CUCACUGUGCCGGGUGUCGCAGCGUGGACGUCCAAGUUGCCGCCGCUGAAGCUGACGCGGGGGACGAUCCGUUCUGCGUGCGCUGUCACCGGGGAGAAGACACGUGACCUGGCCGAGACAUCACUGCGCAACCGAAGCUGGCGGCAGUUAUAGAGAUGACAUUGGUGGUAUAUGCUUCAGGGAUCGUGCCACCACUGGAAAUGUCCUGCUGAGACUGUCCCCGGAGAGCGUCCAGACUGGUUAAGCUUGACUAUGGAACAGCAGCCUCCCAGCACUCCCCGGCUGUUUAUGCAGUGCUCUCUGCGGGACCCUUUAGUGCUGUCCGAUGCUGCACUGGCUUUUACGUCUGGUUAGGAUGGUUCUGCAGCAAGUAACCCGCAACAUGGAAUCGGCACUUUGGUCUGGAAAAUCAUAUGGAUCAUCUCGGAGUAUAGUCCGAAAAAUUGGCUCCAAUCUCUCCAUCAUACAGUCACCGAGAGUUCACUUCCAGCUCAUUCCGUAUCCUGUAGCACUAAAUGGCAGCAGUCCAAAUGGAGCCGUAGCUUCAUUUGCCGAUGUGGGAUGGCUCGCAGACGACGAGGGAGAAGCCUUUGCGAGACUGAGGACGCAGAAUAAUUUGAAGCAUCAUCUCUCACUGGAGGACGACGUCGCUCUCUUUGACAGACCGAUACGCAGACAAGUAUCUUUGCCUGUGCUGUUGAAGGAAGGACCAGAGGUCAAACCCCAGCCAGUGGCCAAUGAAGCUCUGCAGAAGAUCAGUGCGCUGGAAAGUGAACUUGCCAACUUAAGAGCCCAGAUAGCUAAGAUUGUUACCAUCCAGGAGCAGCAAAAUGUGGCAGCAGUGUCUAGUCCUCCAGCUGUGGUUGUUCCCGGAGCACCUCCUGCGUGUGCACCGCCACCUCCACCCCCGCCCCCACCACCACCUCCUAUCCCUGCUCUUCAUCGGAGUAUCUCCGCUAUUGAUCUCAUUAAAGAGAGAAAAGGAAAGCGAGGCAGUUCAGAAACCACAGUGAUUGACAGCACGCCAAAGAAGCCUGAAAUCCCAAGCAUGUUGGAUGUCCUUAAAGACAUGAACAGAGUAAAGUUGCGCUCAGUUAAAAGGAGUGAAGAACCUAAACCCAGUGAUCCUGCUGAUCCUGCCACUCUCAUUGCAGAAGCUUUAAAAAAGAAGUUUGCCUACAGAUAUAGAAGUGACAGUUAUGGGGAAUCGGACGAAAAAAGUCUUCCUAAAGUGGAGCACAAAAAGGUCACAGAAACUCCACUGUUUGGACCUCACAUGCUGAAAUCAACAGGGAAAAUGAAGAGCCUUAUUGAGUCUUCAAAUUCAUGACACCACAGAUUUGGGGCUCUUCUAGUUCACAACUGACUCUUCUAACCAGGGCUGUCAGUAUUUAUAGUGAUGGUGGAAGUGCAAUGGGUCAUUCCCCGAAGGGACCCUGUGAACUGCUCACAAUCUGAUGGAACACUAAGUCUUGCAAGAUAGAAUUGUAGUACAUAGUAACUACAUGAUGGAGUACUAGCAAUGUAUUUAUAAAGGUUUUGGUACUAUGGCUUGAGAACGAGAGUCAUAUUGUAUAUUGCUGCUGGUCUGUUGUAGACGGGUCUCCCACCCUUCACUUCAAAGAGGCACUUUAUAUUGAUGGGUAGGUAAUCCAGUCUGCUGAUAUGUCAUAGAAGGUCACAUUGGCUCACCACUGAUUUUCUGGUUCGUUACUGGAAAUCUGAUGCAAGCAUCAUUAAUGUGGUCCUUUUAUGUCUGAUUUCCAAUAACAGAAGUCUCGGAGCAGUGACAAAGGGGGGGGGGGGGUAUAACGCAUUCUGUAGAGCCCAUUCCUUCUGGAAAUCACUGAUUGUAAUCUAACUAAUGUGAUCUAAUACAUGUGACACAUUAGAAGAUCAUUUUGUAUGUAUUUCCCUUUGAAGUGUUUUCCAGUAACUGUGUUUAACUGGUUACCAGGAUCUUCAGAUGUCGCUCUGGAACUGCUUGGUAAUUUAUUUAUUUUUAUUCUUAAAGGCGUUCUCCAGGAUUUACAUAUUGAUGCCCUCAGGGCUGUGGAGUCAGUAAGCCAAAGCCCCGACUCCCACUCCCUCAUACAUGGUGCAUGUUUAAGCGAUAAUUUAAACUUUUUUUGUGUUUCUGUAUUUCUAAAUUUGAGUUGCUAGAAAACAGUUUUCCCCCUUAUAUCCUAUGUAUAGCAUAUAAAAGCCAUCAGAGCAGCUAACCUCUCCAAACAUGAGCUCAGAGGAGCAAACUAAAACAUAAAGCAUAGAGAGAGAACAUGAACUGGACAAAUGAUUUAUGUGCAGUUUAUUGAAAGUUUAGAUAUACUAAGAAGUAGCCUUAAAGAGGUUUUCUCACUGGUUGACAGGCAGUUUGCACUCACUCUGUCUCC